AUGCCGACCAGCUCCGUCAGCAGCCAGUCGUCGGGCAUGCAGUUAAUCCCUCUCAGUGAUUAUCUACAGAAGGCGGACGACACAAACUUUGUCUGGGACGAGGACAGUAGGGAACAGUCAGAUGAGUGGCUGGACCCCAUCCGCGAGGCCGGCCUGGACUACCGGAAGCAUAAGGUGUUCGCCGCCCAUACCGGACACAAGCGCCCAAAACCACCGAAGCCAUUCACCCGCUCCGGGCCCGAGCUGGGUGACUCGGGCUCGACAGUCGUCUACCGGGUAACAGCCCCGGCUGGUGUCGACUACGGGCGCCCGCUGGCCCUCAAGGUCAUCUCCCUACGAGAUGGCAGCCGGCCGAUGGGGGCGACCAGUCAGGCUCGCCUGCGGGCCCUGGGCGAGGUCGCUACUCUCGCCGCGCUUCGUCACCCGCACAUCGUCCGGUAUGUUGCCUCCUACGAGGAGUUCAGCGUCCAGCCGUGGCUCCUACCACACUGGUCUCCGCGGCCGAAGUCGCACUCGGCGAAGCAGUUGGCGAAGGCGGCGGCCCCCGAGCCGGACGAUGAUGUCAACAGCGGGCGGAGCACACGCAUUGGGCGGCACGUCCUGGGGAUUGCGAUGUACCCUCCAGGGCAGUGCAAUCUGCGCACGCUGAUGGAGGAGGUCGCUGUUGCCCCCGACACGUCGGGCUGGAUCAUGGCAUGCAUGCACAAUUACUUCGGGUGCCUCUCCCAAGCCGUUGCGUACUUGCACCGAAAUAGCGUUCGGAUCCGCCACAAGGACAUCAAGCCCGAGAACAUCGUCAUUGACAAGUGGGGAGUCCCCAUCCUCACCGACUUCGGCCUCUCCAAACACUUCGAAAGGGGCCAGUAUUCUCAAGGACCAACGUUCAAGACGCUCAAGUACGCGGAUCCAGAAGCUAUAAAGGAGAGACCUCGCGAUGAGCGCUCCGAUAUCUUCUCUCUCGGCUGUGUCUUCCUCGAAAUUGCUACCGUCCUCCUCGGCCAACACCCCGAAUAUGCUGAGCAGCAGCUCAGCAACGGCACCAAGGAGAGCUAUGACUUCCACUACUCCGAACACCUUCAUAACCUUGACUCCUACUUGGAGAAGCUUUCAAACCAAGUCGCUCCAGAUCUCAUUGCUUCUGACCCCUCGCGCGAAGCUUCGGCCAAGGCCAUCGUUGCUGUGCUCCCUUACAUCCGACAAAUGAUGGAUGUAUCACAAUGGCGCCGUCCAAAAGCGAAAGAACUGUACCCUUGGUUUCGCCAUUUGUAUGAUAUCCACGAACAUCCCGGCCCUUGCAGGACGUGCGAAGAGGAGCGCCGAACGGGUCGUGCUAUUCCCCUACCCAACGGCGACGAUGACGACGACAACAACAGUCGAAGAAGCUGCUCAAGCCCUGAAAGGACUGGGCCACCCAGCUCGGCGCCAGUUUCUAGGACUGCGACAUCCCUUUGCCUGGCCAAUCUCGGUCGUCACAACACUCAGAUUUCGCUUGCUAGCACGUGUCCUUCAUCGCAACCAGCGCCACGGGUACCAUUUGAGACUUAUGAGCCGCCGUCCACACCGCCUAUCUGGAAGACUGAGUUCCAGGAUGAGAUGAUAGUUGAGUGGUCGGAGCCAUUGGAAGAUGAGGGUGGUGACACUGAUAUGGAUUUGUGGGAUAACUGA